AUGCGCGAAGGUAUGGCCAAGGCAAGGCAAGGUAAGCGCGAAGGCGGGGUACGCAGCAUGCAGGUGGCGGCGGGCAGUGGCAAGGUAUCUGGUGCGGGCCGCGUGUCUGGGCGGCGUGCGUGCGCGUCUGGUCUGUGCGCGUGCGCGGCGCGUGCGCGCGCGUGCGCGGCGGCAGCGCGGGCAGGCCGCGCGCGCGCAGGCGCGGCGCGUGCGCGCGCGAGCGCGCGCGCGCGCGCGUGCGGCGCGUGCGCGCGCGCGCGCGGUGCGCGCGCGCGAGCGCGGUGCGCAAGCGCGCGCGCGCGCGCGCGCGCGCGCGCGCGCGCGCGCGCGUGCGGGCAGCGGCGCGCGGCGCGCGCGCGGCGCGCGCGCGCGCACGCGCGCGCGUCCUGCGCGCGCGGCGCGCGCGCGCAAGCGCGCGCGCGCGUGCGGAGCGCGCGCGGUUGUCCGCGCGCGCGCGUUGUGUGA